CUUCAAACAAUUUACAUAGCACUGGGGCCAACACGAACAGACAAUAUGGCAAACUUAGUGGCAAACUAGAAAACUCCCUCCGGCGAAGCAAAGUUUUGACCACGUGCGUGGAACACCAAAUGUCACGGACGCGUCGCGGCAGAGGUUUUGCUCACAAUUUUGCAUUCACGACAUGGCUUAUCCAUGCUUAUCCUUAGUUCUAUACAGUACAUAGCAGGCACGCGGCUCAAGGAUGCGCUCUGUAUCCUUUCGUGGAUGUUUGUUUUUGCUGUUGAUUAUUCUUUUUCGUCUCCGCCAGCGUGAUUCAGCUGCCAUCUCGAUGGCCAAGGAGAUCGAUGAGGUCGCCAAGGAGUGGGACGAGUGGGCGGAGGGUUGGACCACUGGAGAGAUGGGCGAGAUGGUCCUGCAAUUCAACCGGCUGGCAGAGGAGAUCGUGCGCUCCAAGGUUGGAGACCUAAGCGGGAAAACCAUCAUGGAAUUUGGAGCUGGGCAUGGCGUAUUAGGCUUAGCUUUGGCAGCCGAUUGUGCAAGCGUGGAGCUGGUGGAUGUGGCGCCAAAGAUGGUCGCAGAAGCAGAAAAGAAAAUCGCGUCCAAAGACUUCAAGAAUGUCAAAGCUCAUUGCUGUGAUCUCCUGGUGGAAUGCCCCUUCAGCCCAAACUCUUUGGAUCUGAUCAUCAGCGGCUCAGUCUUGACCUUCACGCCGGACCUGCCGAAGACCUUGGCGAAGCUCGCAGACUUGAGCAAGCCAGGCGGUUAUCAGUUGCACUUUGUCUUCAAAGGUCCGGAUGCCCCAGUGAGAGACAGAAGCAGAACGACCGAGCUGAGUUACGAGGAUGGCAUGUCUGAAGCACAGCUCCGAGAUGAACUCGAGGCCGCCCAGUUGUCCUGCUUAGAGUCCGGAGAGUUGCCUCCACUGAGUGCAACUGAAAGUAUGACCUGGAUUUGGGUUUUGGCCAAGAAGUAGAUGGAGACGAUGUUUUUUGACUGAUCGACCUGACGGAGCCAAACACGAUGGCCUGGCACAGCUGGAACGCGCUCCAUUUCGCUGCGCCAAAUGGGGAAGAGACCACCAAAGGCGGCUUCCCGGAAGAAUGAACAUCCGAGAGAUGAGAAAUGUGUCUCAAAGUGCCGGGUCUAGCAGACAUGAAGAGUAGGACCGCAAAUCGCAAUACAGUAGAUUAUUCAAUAGAUACUGUGGAGGAGUAUUGUCUCGUGGAUGCCAGCCCUUGCCACGAAUUGUCGAUCUUUGUUGGG